GGGCACAUGCCCUGCUGUGCCUCCCCUACACAUCGCCUACAGUCAGGUUAGGCAAUGAGGAACGAAGAAACACGCAAACCAAAAUUUUGGUUCCCCUGUUCUUCCACUUUGGUGGCUUAUCUGAUCCAGCUUUUACUUCACUCUCUUCUCUUGUUCUCUACUUGUCUGCAUUCCCCAGUCCCAUUAGGUUUUAUAUCCAGUCACUCUUCUUAGGUAUCUUGUCCAAUCUGUGUUUUUCAACCCAUCUUUCCCAUCCUUUACCCAGCCAGCCUUAGCCUCCCUACUCCUGGCUGUUCAUCCAGGGUCAUCGUGACGUCUCUCCCUCCACCUCAACAUUGGUGAUUUCAUGCACCCCAGAGCCUGGGAGAUCAUGGCUGCCAUAAUCCCCCAGCCCUUGGGAUCCCUGUGGCAGGGAGCACCUCAGCCAUGGGGGCCUGCUUCUUGCCAGUGUAGCCCAGGAUUUGGCUCCCCCUGCAUCAGUGAUAAGACACGAUGUAAUCUAAUGUGCAGUUCCACAAUCAUGCCUCCUCCUAUGCACAUGUGGAAUAGCAGGAGGCACAAUUGUGUGGAUCACACAUUAAAUCUCAUCAGUGUUAAAGGCAAUAAAAUCACUGCCUUUACCAGCAUGUGUAGAUGGGGCCCUAGUCUUGUUGCCCAGCCAAUGUUUCCCCCACCUCCUAUUCUCAACCUCAUUUUUUUUCUUUCCCCUACGCUAGCCAAGGAUCUUUUCCUCAACUUGUUCCCCAUCCCAAAAGGUUUGUACCUUUUUCUUUUCUUUUCUAUUUUCAAAUCUGGAAACUUCCUGUUCUAUUUUGCCUGAGUCGAGCUUGGGUGAAGUCAUUGGGAAAGCAGGAGAGACAGGUUCUGUGCUCUCUGUUUAAGUAUAUCAGUGAUUCUCAAACAGGGUGCUUCACCCUGUGGUGCUUUGAGAUCCUUUCAGGUGUGCCACAGGGUGCCACUCAAUGUUAACAUUGUUAAGUGUGCAAACCAGCAGCGGGAAGGAGAGGAGUCAGGCACACGUGUGUCCCACAUGCACGUGUGCCCCUUUACCAACUGACUGACCGGAGGCGGUGGCGGCAGCAGCAGCAGCAGCAGCAGAGGAGUCGGCGGCGGGGGCAGCAGCAGCUGAUCCCCCGAAGGUAAGUGGGGCGGAGGGACCCAGCACAGCUGAGCCGGAUCCGGAGGGGAAGCCCCCCGGGUUCCAUAUAGCUGAGCCGGUAGGGAGCUGCGCUCCCGAGCCACGCGGCGCGAACAGAGCGCACAAACAGGGAGGGCUAGGGAAGGGACUGUCCCCCCAUGCCAGGGAGCACCCCCGGGGCUAACCCUUGGGGAGCAGGCUCCCGCAGCAGCGGAUCCCCCCAGCGGGGGAGCGUAGGGGGCGGAACUGCCGGCAGGCACUUCUGGGUAGACUGGGGCACCUGAUUGGCCGUUGGAGCGGGGCGGGUAAUUCAAACCGCGGGCUUUAAAGCCACGGGGUGACGUAGUUCCCAGCACUUGGGAACCAGCAGCGGGAAGGAGAGGAGUCAGGCACACGUGUGUCCCGCACGCACGUGUGCCCCUUUACCAACUGACUGACCGGAGGCGGUGGCAGCAGCAGCAGCAGAGGAGUCGGCAGUGGGGGCAGCAGCAGCUGAUCCCCCGAAGGUAAGUGGGGCGGAGGGACCCGGCACAGCUGAGCCAGUUCCGGAGGGGAAGCCCCCCGGGUCCCAUAUAGCUGAGCCGGUAGGGAGCCGCGCUUCCGAGCCGUGCGGCGCGAACAGAGCGCGCAAACAGGCGCGCUCUGUAAGAGCACGCCGGCGUUUGCGCAGGCGUUCGCACCGGCGGGCGGGCAGGAAGGGCCAGGAGUGAGACUCCUGUAGGGGUAGGGCAUAGACACCACACAGAUCUACAAACAGCAGCUCGGAAUGGUGUCUACGAGGAGCGCUGCUAGGGCCUCUGCCCAGGGGGACAAGGCUACCCGGGGCUGGUUUGAGGCCUCCACCCAGACUGAGCCCAUGGGGGAGCUGAUGUCCCCCGACCUCCUGGCCUGUGGGGGAUCCCCAGCAGGGCCGGGGGGGCAGAGAUUGGGGGCCCCCACACCUGUCCCGCAGGUGCCCGUCUUAGGGCUCUGGAGGCGCAGGUGAGGGAGCUCCGGGAGGAGGUUAGCAGGCUGAGGGGGAUCAGGGAGGUGGAGGAUGAAAUUGACAGUUAUUUCCUUUCCCUGCAGGCCCAGGCACCCAAGGAAGAAGCAGCCCGGGGAGUGCCCUCCACAGCAGAGUGGCAGACGGUCACAGCCAGGACCGGAGCAGCUCGCAGCGAACCGGUACCAGCUUCUUCAGUCCGACUGGUGAACACGUCAAGAGAUCCACAAGGACCCAGAGGAGGAGGCGACGAGUGCUCGUCAUAGGUGACUCCAUCCUGAGAGGUACGGAAGGACCCAUCUGUCGCCAGGACCCCUCAGCACGAGAGUGACCGGAUGAGGAAGAUGGCAUGAGAACUGCAUCCGAGAAACCAACUGGCGGCUUCGGCAGUGGUGUCUCGAGGCAGGCUUCGGCUUCCUGGACAAUGACCUGCACAUCACGACGAGGGACAUGCUCAGCUGGGAUGGGCUUCACCUGUCCCCCAAAGGUAAGCGUGUGUUUUCUUCUAGGUUGGCGGAUCUCCUCCGGCGGGCUUUAAACUAGGCUCGUCGGGGGGAGGGGAAGAUGAGGGCAGGGGAAGCUGUGGACCACCAAACCAUGUGGCACCCACAAGGACAGCCCAGCCUGAAGAAAGAGAGCAUUGGAAACCUGAAAGCCAUGGGGAGACCAGCACUACAGAACAGUCAAAAAAAUGAGUGAAACCCAAGAACUGGCAUCUUCCAAGGGGUGCCAUGAAUCUAAGAAGUGGUGUAUUAGAUCUAAGAACACUGAGAACAUCUGCAGUAUAUGAACUUCUAGUAAUCCAUGGUUACAACCGCAUGGAAAGACUGGAGUGUACACAGUGUGGAUGGGACCUUUGGGAUUUUAUUUGGCCAUCGUCCCUAUUGGUGGGUCCAAGAAACAAUGAUCUAUCCCAAUCAAUCCACCCCAUGUCUUGAACAGUUUCCAAUAACAUGUGAAACUGGUCCAGGAAGCCCCUCUGGCCAUGCAAUGGGAUCUUCUUGUGUCUGGUAUGUAAUGGUGACAGCAGCCCUUAGUUACACAGUGGGACAGACAAAUAAAUCAGCAGUUACCCUGUACAGAGUGACCUGGUCAUUCCUUUGGAGUGUUUUUUGGAUUAUUCAGAUCAGUGUGUGUAUCUCUAGAGUGUUCAUAGCAACGCAUUUCCCUCAUCAAGUUAUUCUUGGAGUAAUUGCUGGAAUGUUGGUGGCAGAAGCAUUUGAACAUACCCCUGCUAUUCAGACAGCAAGUUUGAGAACGUACAUCAAAACAAAUCUGUUUCUAUUAAUUUCUGCUCUUGGCUUUUAUCUGAUUCUCAAAUUCAUUGAUAUUGACCUUUUGUGGUCUGUUCCAAAGGCAAAGAAAUGGUGCGCCAAUCCGGACUGGAUAAACAUUGACACAACUCCAUUUGCUGGACUCGUGAGAAAUUUGGGUGCACUCUUUGGGCUAGGUCUUGGCAUUAAUUCUGAAAUGUUCAUCAGGAGCUGCAAAGGUAAAAAUGGAUAUAAGAUAAGUUUCAGAAUAUUGUGUGUUGCUUCUUCUUUAGCUACACUGCAGCUGUAUGAUUUUAUCAAGAUACCCACACACACUGAGUAUUUGUUUUAUGCUCUAUCUUUUUGUAAAAGUGCAGCCAUUCCGCUAACUGUUGUUGCUUUGGUUCCAUACUGCAUACAUUUGUUAAUGAAGCCAACUGAAAAAAAGCUGAACUAAAUGUACAUUUGAAUGAUCUGAAAAUAUAAGGGUGCUUCUGGAUACAAGCAGUGUUCUAUGAGCCACUUCAAACAUGAUCAUUUUACUACUUCAUUAUGAAUGCUGGUGGAUGCCAAUACAUAUUUGAUGUUUUCCUUCCAUGUCCCACACACAAAAGCAGCACAGCCAGGAAUGACACUGUUAUGUUAGGAACACUGAUUAGCUAUCACUAGGUUUUCAUUCUUGGACUGUAUUACGGUAUGGUUUUACAGUAAGUAUUAUCAUAUGGUUUCCUGAUAUCACUGUGGGUAUGUCACUGCUUGGAUAUGGGUUUGUUUUUGCAAAAGCUUUGUGGGUCUUUAGUUGUCCUUCUUCAACUAGAUGGUGCUUCAUUUUCUGAGUGUACAUAGUGUCAUUGCACUUCCCAUUUUAUGUAUAUGAAUACUGUAUGUUAAUCUGCUAGAAAAAGGUGUGUGAUAAAAUCACACUUAACUGCACAAACACAACUAUAUACCAGGGUAAAGUUCUACAUACUUUGCCAGGAGCAUUAAAAGGUUGUGUUUAGAUUUUACUUACAGUGCUUCUUGUGUGAAGCAUCUUAUGUUUAUUCUUUCCUGAUUCAAUUUAUUAUUUAAAAGAUCAAUCUGGAACAAUUUAAUUUAGACCUGCUAAUUUUAUUUCUAGGUUAUCUCCAAGGCAGAUACUAUUUCAUUUAUGUAAUUUUUUUAUAUGUUCUUAAAAAAAAUCUAUUGCAAGAUAUUGAAUGAUAAAUUAUUACAUAUUUAACUUUGUGGAAACUCUUGAAUGUGGUAUAUUAAAUCUGUGUUGUUGGACUAUAUAUCUACACAGAAUUAAACAGUAAAAUGCAAUUAAUCUCAGCCACAUCUUAAAGAAUAUUGUACAUGUUCCUGACUUUUAAAUGUAAAUACGUCUAAUAAUCUCAUUUUACAAACCAGAAUUAUCAGUGACGCUAGUCAAGAUAAUUCUGUUAGUGAUGAAAAAGAAAUAAUUGUAAGAUGUUAAAUGUAAUAUGCAUAUAUGAACUGUUCUGCUUAACCUGAUGCUGCCAAUUAUAUUCCUUUUAUAUAUUAUAAUGCAUCUCAUAUUGCAUAUGGCUUUAAAUAGUUCAUAAUCCAUGUAAUUCCUGUAUCUGAUGCCCUCUGUUUGCUGAGUUGAGCAAUAUAAUGUUGAUGCCAACUUAAUACUGCCAUCUUAUAUAGCCUUUCUGUAACUAUGCCAGCCUUAAACUUUCAAAUUGCUAGGGCUUUGCAGGUGCUACCCAAUUUAUGAUAUUGUGGCAGUGAGGUUACCCAGGUACAGCUGAAAGGAUGGUCUGCAGACCUCCACUUAUUUGUAUGAUGAAUGAAAUGGAAGAUUCUGGCUUGCGGGGCAAUACAAAGGACAGCUUUGAGUUGGCCCUUGGCUGUUGAGAGUGAUCAAAACUCAAAAGACUGGCAAAGAUAAAACUGGUUUCCUUAUUUUAAAACUAAUCUGGAUUAAAAUCCCUUUGAUGGAACACUUUCCUCUACACAGCUGCAGGAAACAGUGUGUUCAGAAAAUCCAUGUACUAUUAAAGAAUGAAUAAAGAC